AACACCUCUGCCACUCUGUUCUGACGUCCGGCUAUCACAGGAGGUUUCAGUUCCUGACCAGACCGGACGGUUUAAUCACCAAAGCAAAACAGAGCAGUGCAAAGAUGAAAAAGAGGAGUCAUGGCAGUCACACACAGAGCCACAGGCUUGUUCAGUCACCACUAACGAAACACACAACAAGACUGGCAACAAAGGCAGCUGUCAUUGGAGAUCCAGUCUCAGCAGUAGUCCAUGCAGGCUAGCAAAGCCUUCUCCUGCAGGGGAUGGAAGACAAGAAAGCCAUGAUACUGUGGGACAUGAGUUGAAAGAGCAGGAUCAGUCUGGCUGCUUUCCUGUCAGUCCUAACCACCCGGAGAUGCAGGAAGUUGAAUAUUUACAGACUGAAAUUGCCAGAAUUGCAGGGGCAACUGAGAUAAGAGAAAGAGAAGAAAUGACAAGUUCUGAAGAAGAAAUAGGAGCUGAUGAACAUGGGAAAUUAGAAAACUUGUCAGACUCAGAGGAAAAACUGCCACCACAAAAUCAAAAACACACAGAAGAUGCAACUGAAAUAUCAACUGGUGAUUGUGACAAAUUAUCACAUAGAGAUGAUGAAUUGGAGAUUAACCUUGAAUGCUUGUCUGAUGACUCAUACAAUGCUGUUAUUUCAAUAAAGGAAGGGACAACAGAGGAGAAGGAAAGAAAAGAAGAGGCAGGUGGUGAAGAAGAAAUGGAUGUGCAUGGUAACUCUGAGAUAUUAGUGAAAUCUGAGGAUGAUCAUCAGCCACAAAGUCAACAGAAAGGAGACAUGACUGAGGAAUCCAUCAGUGAAUGUUCAGAGGGCAACAUGUGUAGAAGUGGCCACAAAUCAACUGUACUAGGUCAACAUGAACAAGAAAACAAACUCAGUUGUUUCUCCGAUUGCCACCACAGAGCCGAGACAUUCAUGGCUGAAAAUAAAGAUGACCUUUUGGCUGUCACGUUUCCCCCAACAAGUGAUGCAGUUGUGCCUGGCCCACAUGAAUUACUCCAUUCACAAAAUGCUGACAAACCCACAGCCCUUAACUGUAAUGACAGAUUUUCCCCAGUGCCAUCUGCCUUCACUUUUAACAACAGUGUGCCGAGGGGGUUUGACACGUUUGAAAGGAUCCAGCUCACACUAGAUGAUGAUGAUGCUGGCCUUAGCAACAGCCCUCUCCUCACCAGCCUGCCCGGGCAGCUUUUGAAAUCACCCCAGCGACAAGUUUACGACUGCAUGCCAGAGGCAGAGAGCAAUGAGCACAACAAGGUACCAGAAGAGGAGGAGGAAGAGGAGGUAGAAAGAUUUGAGUGUCACACUGAGAACAUGGCUAAGGGAUUUCUAAGCAGCGAUACCAGUUGUAAUGAACUCCCCAACUUUAUCUUAGCAGCAAAUGUUCUUGCUCUUGGACAGCCAGAGCUACAGCCUAACUGUGAAUCAUCUUAUAAUUCUUCUGAGUGCUUCCAGGGUAACUUAAACCCAAAGUCGAUGUCCUCCACUGUUUCCUCUAAGAGCAACGGACCAGCCUCUGAUGUGAACGACAGCCCAGAGUUUGAGAUGAAAAAACAAUUUGACAUGGUCUUGAAAGAGCUGAACUUGUUUUUUGAUAUCAGUAGAAAUGAUUUUGCAAGCGACAGUAGAGCAUCGUCACCUGAGCGAUUUAGUAGUAUAAUUGAAGCUUUGGAGGGCAACACUACAAACUGCAAAGAACAUUUCAGCAGCCCAGAACUGGGACGCCCAUCAUCAGAUGCCAAUGAAGACCACAGCCUGGAAAUGUGUGGAGGUGAUCCAGUGGUUUCUUUCACUUCUGGCAGCGGUGACGGCGAGCAGGAGGUGCCCCUUGGCAGCCAGCUGUGCCAAGAAACAUCCAUGUACACUGCAGAGGAACAACACAAAGAGCCCCGGGAGAUGGAUCAGAAGAGGAAAAUGUGGUCUCCGUCCUUUGCGUGUCAACCAUUCUUGGAACACCUGAGCCUCAGACAGCUGGAGCAACCCAGGAGACUGGAGCCUCUGAGGACAUGCACACGACCGAUCCGGGUUGGACUCUCAAAGAGAGCUAAGACCAAACACCUACACCGCCCCCACCCAUACAGAUGAACAUCAGAAAUGCAGUGAAGGUGACAGGCAGGAGUGUUAAUGAAGCUUUUCUUUGUUGCCAUGUUCAACAACUGAGAUGUUAUUUUCUGAUUCACAAUAUACGGCUAAUGCUUCUCUUGUGCUAAAAACUCUUGGUUUUUGGCAAG